CCAGAAACGGUAUUUAAAAAAAAUGUUUUUAAACUUCAUCUCUGUGCCGAUCUCUCGAACCGCAAUGCGCUGUUUGGUACUAAAUUUUUUUCGAGUUACUAUUGGUAGCAUUGCGUGAUUGUUGAUUGUUGAGGUUAUAAAAAAUACCGUCGAUUGAAACGGAAAAAGUUUUAACAAAAGUGUAAAACCGCUGUAAUCUUGAAUGUGAGUUGGUGUUACGAAAUUAAUUAUUGAAAUUGUAGCAAAUCUGGAUGACAAAGUAGAAAUAAUGAUUGCUGCCUCAGAUCCACAGGAAUUUGUUCCAAGUGGACGGCAGCAAGCAUUAAAACAUCCAGGACGAGGUCAGUUUGUCCCUAAAAAGUCCUUUGGUGAAACCGAAGAUUUACUCCUCGAUAAAUUGGAAAAGGUUUCGCUGAAAGAACGCAAAGAACCCGAGUGGUGGUUAUUACGUAAAGCCCCCAUUGGUCAAUUCAAGGAAAAUUGGUCCAAUCGAUCCAAGAACGGCGACAAAGAUUGUUUCCACUCAAACUUUAACAAGUCUUUCUACAGACAGGAUGUUCACGACAAAUCCUGCAGUUUCAAAAGUUUCGAACACUCUCACAAGACAGAUAAACGAGCGUCUGACAACAUUUCCAGAUUUUCAACUAAGCAAGAAAAUGUGUGUAGCUCCUGUGGAGCGAAUAGCGUUAAAAAUCGACUUAAUUUCAUGGAAGAUGAGCUAUACGUGAAAGGAAACACGGUGAUUUGGUCGAGAGGUUUAGACAGCUGUGACAAUUUAGACAAUGGAAGAAAAACUAUUUGUGCCUAUACCUCGUCUCUACCCAUUAAACACGCGAUUUGGUGUACUUUUUAUUGCGAACACCCUGCCUACGAAACUGAUCUAUUUCCGGUUUACAAUAAACAGGAGGACUCAUCAGGGGUGCCGGUUCCGUCAGUUUGCAUUGUUGAUGCGCACAACAUCCAGGUUUUUACUCAAAAAGGAGAAGAUUUUGUUACGGCGUUGCCGUUUCAGAUUGAAAAAAUAUGGAACAUCAAGUACGGGAUUUUUCUGGAGAAAGAAAUGGACGGACACAUUUCGACUCUCGAAAACAAACCCUCUUUAUAUUCGCUAGCUUUUCCACUGGAUGAAGUGUGUCCUGUGGUCAUGAAUAUAGGUUCACAUAUACAAGUUUUGAGCAACAAUUUUAAAUUGGUGUAUACGAACGAAGAUCCAAGUAUUUGUUUGAUGUAUGAUAUUCAAACUAGACAGCACAGCGUUUAUUACGUUCGUAGGGUCACAAGUCAAGAGAAAAUAGAUUUCGUGCAGAAGAUUAACAGUACUUUUCAUUCCGCUGCUAGUUUAUCCAAUAAGCUGAAAAGCCGUUACUCAAUGUGGGAGUGUGUCAAAAACAGCAACUACUUGAACGUUCCAAGCCCCAUUAGUAGUCGUCCUGGAAGCGUCGCCAGUUUCUACAACCAAGUCCACCACUCCAAGUCGCAAAGUUCGAUGGCCACAGUCAGCCGUUGUCAAUCCCCUGCCACUUCUUCGGUUGGCAGCCCUUGGCUCCAAAUGGCGUCUCGUUUGAACACCUCUGUGCCGUGUGGAGGAAACAACUACGCCCAAUCAGAGUGCUCAUUUUUUGACAGUUCUAAACUUAUGACUUAUCUUAACUCAAGUCCGGUGAUAUGUCUAGAGCACCUCUGGACUGACCCAAACCUAACCCACGACGACACGACGUCGAGUUCUGCUUCGAAAGUGUUUUUGUGUGACGACUUCACAGAUCAGUGGUACCUGUGUUACGUUUUGCCCAUCAAGUGUCAAUUGUGUAUGGUUCAAAUUGACUUUUCAGACGCUAGCAAUAUUAGGUUUGGGAUGAUGAACCAUAUUAGCGCUAAAGACGCGGUUCCUGUUCCGACGAUACGUGUGUUGGCUGUGUUGGAGCACAACGGAAACGUGAGUCUCUACUCUGGUCUUACCCUUGUGGGUAAACUACACAUUGGUGGCACUCUUGUCCAACACACACCGUCUCCGUACGUUCGGAGGAAUCUAUCAAACUUCACUUCGCCGUUUCCGAGACGAAGCAGCCUUUUGCCGCACUGCAAACCCAGCGAUCCGAAAUUCGACGAACACUUACUCUCCCCCGUGAUGCCAGAGACGUCGAAUGUGCCACCUAGAAGUGGUAACAUCCUUCAGUUGAAUUUCCAGAUUGAAAAUAAUUUACCAAAAGCGGUACUGAACGGUUUGCGCGACCCCAUAGAAAAUCGAAUUACGCUUCGGUACUCAGAUGGUACCUACUAUAGAAUAAAUUUGCCGCCGCUGACUGCACACCCUUUAAUCGAAAGUUGUAUAGUGGGCUUGAAACAGUGCCUAAGCAGGGACGUGAUUUCAGUGGUUUUGACGAAGUGGUACGCUACAAGGAACGCUCUGGGUGCACAAGACAUGAACCUGGAACAAGAGUGGAAUAAUUUUCAGGGGUUACUUUUGGAACUUCUGGGCUACGAACAACAAGGUGUUAGUAUCAAUGAAGACUGUCCAGUCACUCCGUUAAGUAACCCAAAAAAACUGAAACACUCGACGUCAGGAAACGACGACGAUUGGGUCUACCUCACCAAUUCCAUUCACGAAACAAAAAUCUCACAGUGUUUGAAACACAACUUACGUCUGGCGGGUACAACGAAGCCUUCAAUCACCAAUGUGAAGAACACGUCGCAGAUAAACGUCAAUUCGAUUUUGUUUCCUUCGAUAAAAUUGGUCCAUUUUUGCUUGCACUUGUUGUAUGAGGAUUUAAAGUUGAACGUGUUGCGAUCGGAAGAUUUGAAACUAUUGGGGGUGUUUUUGAACAAGUUGUCGCGCGAUUUGGGUCUGGUUGAGUAUUCGGUCCACUAUUGGAAAGAUUUCCCGGACAUUUGUACCAUAAGGUCGUCGGAAAUUGUUGGACCUAGUGAAAGAAAAUUCGUGAAUGAGUGUGCAUUUGUGGAUAAGAAACCAGCGAGUGUGAUGAACUUUAUCUACGAUUUAAUGCAAGGAGGGGAGACUGGUCAUUAUCCGUUCGUAAAUCACGUAAAUAAUAGGUCGAGGGAUAUAAUCGAGAUCUGCGGUGUCAUUUUCAAACAGCUCCACUCCACCAACACCACCUUAAUUAAAUAUCUAGAACCGAACUUUUCGCUAAGCGAGCACCUCAUCCUAGACGAAGAACUGGUCUCUCCGGGACGGACUCCAGCGGAACAAGCAGUUCUACUAAUGACUGCUAAAAAUAUCACCGUCAGGGACAUAGACACUCUACCUCCGGCUAUCUACCUUCUCAUGUAUAGUACUCUGUGGAAGUGCCGAACCGAACCUCCGUCUGACUUACCAGUGGAAGCAUAUUAUCUCCUGUGGAGGGACGAUUUGGCUGCACAAGCCAAGCAAAUGCAAGACGAGAAGUCAGACGGAAGUAACGACAAGAACGGGAUGUUCACUUCGCAAUUACAAGGGAUUGUUCCAACGUCCAAGCAGGUAGAUGGGGAACAACAAGACGGUAUGGAGGAUAUCGAAAGUCCGUUGAUUAAGUUGCGUUUUCCGGAUGACAUGAGGGUAGCGGAGGCUCGGAAGAUGUUACAGAGCUCGAAACCUGUGCCCAUUGUGCUAGUACAAAGGCCGGAUGUUUCGGAUCACGAUUUCAUCGAGGAGCAGGAGAAGCACUUGUAUGCGAUAUGUACAAGAACUAUGGCUUUGUCGCCCGGAAGAGGCAUGUUCACCCUGAGAACAUCCACCCCCGUUAUCACCGAACCCCUCCAAACUCCCCAGCUGUGCCUCGCCGGCAAAGCGCCCCCCAAAGGCACCACCGUCGAACUCAACCACAUCGACACCCCUUCCAACAUGAACCUGUGGCCUUUAUACCACAACGGCGUCGCCAACGGUCUCCGAAUAACCCCCAACGCACACAGCAUCGACAACACCUGGAUCAUCUUCAACAAACCUAAAGGCUCCAUGGAACAACAAAUGGAACACGCAGGUUUCCUCAUGGCCCUAGGUCUCAACGGCCACUUGAAAAACUUGAACGUCCUCAACACCUACGACUACUUGGCGAAACUCCACGAAAUGACCAGUAUUGGGAUACUGUUAGGACUCUCAGCGGCCUUCCGAGGCACUUGCGACCUAAGCAUGACGAAAAUGCUGAGUCUACACCUGGAAGCUCUCCUUCCUCCGACGUCCAUGGAGCUGGACGUCCACCAGAACGUCCAAGUCGCCGGACUUCUGGGGAUCGGACUGGUGUACCAGGGGACGUCGCAUCGACACAUCAUCGAGGUUUUAUUGUCGGAAAUCGGGCGUCCUCCGGGACCAGAAAUGGAGAACAGUGUGGACAGAGAGUCGUAUUCGUUGGCGGCGGGGUUGUCGCUGGGGUUGGUCACGUUGAAGCAGGGGAGCUGCUCGCUGGGGUUGUCGGAUUUGAAUAUUUCGGAUCGGUUGCACUAUUACAUGGUGGGGGGGAACAGGAGGCCUCUGACUGGGGCUCAAAAAGACAAAUACAAGGUGCCUUCGUUCCAAAUUCGCGAAGGUUCGUCAGUGAAUUUGGAUGUGACGGCACCGGGGGCGACGAUAGCCUUGGGGCUGAUGUACCUGGGUACCGGAAACAAGGCUGUGGCGGAUUGGAUGGCACCGCCUGAGACGCAGUAUUUGUUGGAUUUUGUCAGGCCUGAUUUUCUCAUGUUUAGAAUUUUAGCUCGAGCGUUAAUUCUCUGGAACGACAUCGAACCCACUCAGGAAUGGGUCGAAAGCCAAGUUCCGAGCACCAUUAGACCCUACUGCAUGAUUAAACCCACCUCGAAUUCGAACAUAGAUUACGAAGCUAUGAACCAAGCCUACUGUAACAUCGUAACAGGGGCUUGCUUCGCUCUAGCCCUCAAGUUUGCCGGUUCGGCAGACGAAGAUGCCUUCCAGACCUUGCUACACUUUUGCCACAUGUUCACGAAUCUUACGAUUAAGUCGAUUGCCGAAUUAGCGGGUAAACCAACCGUGGAGAUGUGUCUCAACGUGCUUCUACUCUCAACUUCCAUGGUAAUGGCCGGAACUGGUAACCUUGAUAUAAUGCGCCUCGUGCGUCUCCUUCGACGAAGAGUAGGUGUCGCUAGUAGCGCUGUGGUCACUUAUGGCUCCCACUUGGCAAUGCAUAUGGCCCUAGGAUUAUUAUUCUUAGGAGGUGGUAGGUAUACUUUGUCCAAUUCACCUCAAAACGUCGCAGCUUUAAUAUGCGCUUUUUACCCGAAGUUCCCCACUCACAGUAACGACAACAGGUACCACCUCCAAGCCUUCCGCCACCUCUACGUUCUGGCGGUCGAACCACGCUUGAUCAUCCCCAAGGAGGUUCAUUCUGGCAAAAGUUGUUACGCUUCAUUGACUGUCGUUAAAAUCGACGGCAAAACGUCAUUCGUGAAGGGGCCUGGGAUCAUUCCCAAUCUUGAGACUUUGCAGAAGGUCGCCGUCGACGAUGACAGAUACUGGCCAGUGGUGUUCAAAAGGGGACAAAACUGGGAUGCUUUGACAACUAUUUUGUCUACGAAUGGGUUCAUCGAGGUGAAACAACGAGCUGGUUGCCUUAGUUAUUUGGCAGAUAAACUCGGGUAUCAUAGCCAGUUGGCGAAAACGUUAACCCAGUCGGAGAUGGUACCAUGGGACCCUCCGGCGUCGUCAAUUGUUUCUUUUACACACGAUCAAGCGAUCAAGUUCUUCUGCGAUCAUUUCCUGGCGGUAGACAACGAACAGUCGACGGCGGAAGAGUUACGGGUGAGGAAGAUUUUAACCAAAGCGACGUACGAUGCAGUUGUGAAAGAUAAACUGAUAAUAGUACCUGUAAUUAGUUUUCUUCUUAAGGUCAUCUCUGACAUGAAGAUGCUCCCAAAUUCUACAAAUCUUUGGCAGAUCAAACUAAUUUUUGCUCAAAUAUUGUCCACUUCGUUAUCGUGUAAUCUCAUUUCUCCUGAAGUGGUACUUUCCGUAAAACAACAAAUAACGGAUACGUUGGAAAACUGGGAGGGCUCUCUUGUGGAACCAUUGCAAGCUUAUUUGAACGGCGACGAAUCUAUUUGUGAACCAGAUGUCUUUCCUAGAUUAGCCAUGUAUGUGAUAUUUUAUGAUAUUCCGUUUAAGUACGAUUGUUGCGGGAUGGAAAUUUUGGAAGCUAUGUUGAAAAUUCAGAAGAAAUUUUCUGUUACAACGUUGGAUAAGAUGAUGAAAUUUAAAUUUAAGGUACCUACUUGUAAAUACUAGAACGUAUUUUUAUAAGCAAAGUAAAUAAAAAUCACAAACUGUU